AUGCUCCCAGACAAAGUGUUUGUUCACUGUAGUGAAAAAAAUGCUUCAGCGCUUACUCUAGAUGGUGUGGAUGUAAUGGGUGAACGUCUGGCAUCUGAGGUCCUUGAAGUUAUUCAAACAAGACCAAAUAUCCGUAAAAUCUCCUUUGUUGCACAUUCUUUGGGAGGGCUUGCAGCAAGAUAUGCAAUUGGGAAAUUGUACAAACCAGCUCAUCAGGACGAUCGGAAAGACUCGUUAGGAGACACUAGUGAUGGGACUUCCAAAGGCACAAUAUGUGGCCUAGAAGCUAUGAACUUCAUAACUGUAGCUACACCACAUUUGGGUUCAAUGGGUAAUAGACAGGUUCCGUUUCUCUUUGGUGUUUCUUCCUUCGAGAAAGUUGCAGGUCUCAUUAUCCACUGGAUAUUUAAAAGAACUGGCCGUCACCUUUUCUUGAAAGAUGAAGAAGAGGGGAAACCACCCUUGCUACGACGCAUGGUGGAAGAUACCGAUGAUUAUCAUUUCAUAUCUGCACUGCGUGCCUUCAAAAGGCGGGUGGUUUAUUCAAACGUAGGCCAUGAUCACAUCGUUGGCUGGAGGACCGCAUCUAUUAGACGUGACAGUGAAUUGCCGAAGUGGGAAGAUGCUCUGAAUGAGAAGUAUCCUCAUAUUGUUUAUGAGGAACUCUGCAAGUCAUGUGAUCCUGAGGACACACCAGAAGGCGAGAAUCAUUCAGUAGACAUAGAAGAAGAAAUGAUCAGAGGCCUCUCCUCUGUCUCUUGGGAAAAAGUUGAUGUUAGCUUUCACAGUAGCAGGCAGAGGUUCGCUGCUCAUAGUGUUAUACAGGUCAAAAACGAAUUUAUGCACAUAGAAGGAGCAGAUGUCAUAGAGCAUAUCAUUGAUCAUUUUCUUGCCUGA